CAGUGCUUAUUCCCUGGCUUCCUGCCGUUGCCCUAGCUUUCAAAAGUGUUUACUCCCAUAUUUUAGCCAGUCCCUGAAGGAGCAUGUGCGUUGCGCUUGGAACCGCUACAGUACGAGGAUGAAGUGGAUGCAAAUCGUUUUGGAUUGCAGCCAAAUAGUCGUAUGGAGUACGAUAUUGUACCGGAUUCGUUUGACAAGAGCGGAACCUUCUCGCUGCAACUUCGUGCUACCGCCUCUAACGGUGUGAUCCUGUUCGCUACCAACGAUAAGCACACCGAUCACGUUGGUCUGUUCUUGCUCAAUGGACGAGUUAUUCUGUCGUUUGAUACAGGAACAGGACAGACCUUGAUCCGCUCAAAUCGCUCCAUUCUCACUGGUGAAUGGCACUCUAUCAAGGCUAGUCGUCGUGGAAAUGAAGGGUCGCUAAUCGUCGACGAUGAAUCGGCUGAAACUUCGGGUGUCCCGGCUGGAACGGAUUCUAUUGAUACUCAACCACCCCUGUAUCUGGGAGAAUUCGGUGGCUGCAUUCGAGAUCUGAAAUUGAAUGAUAAGAAAUUCGACACUACUGCUAGAGAACAUGGCGUAGGCGAGUGCAAAAAACACACUGAGAGCGGCCUAUAUUUCGGAAAAGAAGGUGGCUAUGCCAUUUUGAAAAAAGAAUUCCAGGUUGGCCAAUCCUUCUCGGCUGAGAUGGAAGUUCGACCACGUACUCAAAAUGGCGUCUUAUUCUCUGUAGGCGCUGUAGAGUUCCUCACGGUACAGUUUUUAAACGGUUCCGUAAAGUUCACUGUGGACAGCGGAUCAGGUCCAGAAGCACUUAUUUAUAACCCUACAGCUCCAAAUGUGCUUUGUGACGGCCACUGGCAUUCGAUUAAGAUCAUGAAAAAGAAGAACCUCAUGACCUUGACUGUUGACGGCAAAAGCAACCUCAACAUCAUGAAGAAGAGCAAGAAGCCUGAGACCAUGACCAAGGACCCCAUCUACCUAGGAGGUGUUCCCGAAUCUGUCACAAGCAAGGGUUUGGAGACAAGGGAACCAUUCGUUGGCUGCGUCCGCAUCAUGAAUCUUGGUGGAGGAAAGAGGGAUAAGAACAGAAUGAAGAAACAGUUGGAUGUGUCCAAAUUAGACGUUUUCGGUGAUGUCAACAAACAAGAAUGUCCGCUGGAUUAG